GAACUGGGCUUGAUCGGGGUAGCGCUGGACCUUUUUCGGGCCGUCCAGCAGCUAUGGCCCAUCUAUACCUUUGCCCUUCCCCGGUCCUCUCCACUUUCCGGCCUCCGCUUCCCAUCCCGAUCAGCCUGCCGCAGUGCCGCUCCUUCCCUCCCUCUACCCGUCGCCGCUGCUGCCAUGGACGAAGUCGUCAGCCAGAUUUUGGAGAAGCAAGUGCUGUCUGCCGCGAAGGCGGUGGAGGACAAGCUCGAUGAGGAGAUCGCCGCGCUCGAUCGCCUCGAUCCGGACGACAUCGAGGCGCUCCGCGAGCGCCGGAUCCAGCAGAUGCGCCGCGCCGCCGAGCGCCGCGCCAAGUGGCGUGCGCUGGGGCACGGGGAGUACACCGAGGUCCCCGAGAAGGAGUUCUUCUCCAUCGCCAAGGCUAGCGAGCGGCUCGUCUGCCACUUCUACCGCGACAACUGGCCCUGCAAGGUCGUGGACAAGCACUUGUCGGCUCUGGCAAAACAGCACGUGGAGACACGGUUCGUGAAGGUCCACGCCGAGAAGGCCCCCUUUCUGACAGAGAAGCUCAGGAUAGUCGUCCUCCCGACCCUCGCCAUAGUUAAGAACGCCAAGGUCGAGGACUACGUGGUCGGCUUCGACGAGCUCGGCGGCAAGGACGACUUCAGCACCGAGGACCUGGAAGAGCGCCUGGCGAGGUCCCAGGUCGUCUUCCUGGACGGCGAAGGGUCCGCGCACGCUUCGAAGCAGGCCGCCGCCGCCACCAAACGGAGCGUCCGGCAGUCGGGCACCGGCGACUCGUCCGACUCCGAGUAGCUCUCGUGUGUUGUUGUUGUUGUUAUUAUUAUAUAUAUCUAAAUGGGUACACAGCACAGACAUGUUUUGGUUGCUAUGCCAACAGGCAACAUUAGCAUUGCAAGGAUAUGCGUCUUAUUGGGACCUGGAAGCAAAAGUGGUUGUGGUUUGAGUUGCUGUACAGUGCUGCGGCGCUGCCGUGUGGAUCACAUCUGAUCUGAAUAUCUGAUUGGGUGGGUCUUGCUCUA